UUCAGUAGCGCGCAGUAGCGCGUAGAUGGUUACGCGGUCUCAUUCAUUUAUUUUGUACAUUGUAUCAACUGUUUUAGGCAAAAAUAAAAAUAAAAUACCUAACACACUACGCAAAGUGAACAUUAGAACCUUAUCUCGACGUUGAUAAGUAAAGCAUGGUAUAGUCACUUACCUGUAUAUUUUAUUUAGCUGUAGAACUUUAGACUCUUUUUUCAGUCGUUUAAAUUAAUAGCGGGACUGUUGAGAAAUAAAUAAAUUAACAUGGGAUCCAAAAUUUUCAACGGUGAGACGGACAGAUAUAAUGGAAUUACUGUGGAUUCUCAAAAAGAACCUUGUGAUGUUAGCGAACUUUUGGAUCAGUUGAAUGAUUCCUUGAAAAUAUGGUCUGAAGCCAAUAAACGGUGUAUAUGGUUCAGAGUCGACAUUAAAGAUGCAGCGUGGGUACCAAUUCUAGCAAAUGUAGGUUUCAAUUUUCACCAUGCUCGAGGAGAUUUUGUAAUGAUGUACAAAUGGCUUCCCACAACUCCAUCUAACUUGCCACCAGCAUGCCAUACCAAUCUUGGUGUAGGUGGAAUGGUGUUUAAUGAUAAAAAUGAAAUAUUGGUUGUAGCUGAGAACUACAUUUCAGACCCACAUUGGAAACUUCCUGGUGGAUAUGUAGAAAGAGGUGAAGAUCUGAAAGAUGCAGCUAUCAGAGAGGUAAAAGAAGAAACUGGCAUUGAUGCCACUUAUGAAUCAAUGGUAACCUUCAGACAUACACAUAACUCCAUGUUUGGUAACUCUGAUAUUUAUGUUAUAGUUUUGUUAAAAGCAACAUCAGAAAUAAUUACUAAGUCUGAUAUGGAAAUCAAAGCUUGCAAAUGGAUGAACUUUGAUGAAUAUAUAAAUCAUCCAGAUGUCCAUGAAUUCAACAGAUUUAUAGCAAGGCAGGCUAUAGAUUUAAAGGCCAGGAACUUGAAAUUGGAACUUCGUAAGGAUACACUCCAAAUGAGAAAUUUCACCAGGGAUAUUACAUCUCUGGUAAUAGAAGAUCUAGAUAAACAAGUUUAGUGGCAUUGUUCAGGGUCAAAUGAUAACAGAUAAAACAUUAUACAUAUAUUAUACAUAAAUGAUAAGAGUAUGGAGCUGGAUAAUAAUUUAUACAUACAUAUAUAUCUAUUUAAGUUAGCUGCUGGCCAAUAAAGCAACAAGGUAUUGCCAUAAAAACUGAUGUAUGUAGAUGUAUUUAGUAACAGAAUGUGCAAUCAAUUGUACAGUAUGUAUGUUAUGUAAAAUAUUUGCAUUGUAAAAUAGAAUUUUAUUUUAAUUCUACAAAAUUCCUACAAUGAUAUUUGUACAGAAAAGUUUAUGUGGAAUUGUAUUAAGUUUUAAUUCAUAUAAUUAUGUUAUCAUAAGACAAAGAGAAAUCAUAUAUUGUACAAACUUUUGCUACCUAUCAAAACUACAGAUGUUUGGCUGUGCCUAGGCUGUGUACAAGAUUUUACCACUACUUCCUGUGUUUUGAUGCUGAUAAGUAGGACAAGUUGUUAUAGGUAAUUUUUAUAUUAUAUUUUCUUAUAGCUUCUUCCACACUGUUGUGUAAUGUUUUUGUGUGGAUUGUGUUAUUCAAGAAAAAAAUAUUUAUUAACUUAUGUGACAAAUAAUAAAGACAAACAAAAUCAUCACCAUGUAUUUAUGAUUAUUGUGUUACAUAAUUCAGUUUUACAAAUGUUAAGUUCACAUUGGUAUGGUGUUAGGGAAUAUUUAUGUACAACAUUAAAGUUUCCAGAACCUAUUUACAAUUUGUCAACUGAAUUACCUAUCUUUUAUAAUAAAAAUGUACCUAUAAUGAUUUUUUUAUGACUAUAAAUUUGUUAUAAAUAAAUUAAAUGUUAAACAAUU